AUGGUAUUUAAGUUAAGUUCAACGUUGACUGGACAUGAACAAGAUGUCAAGAGUCUCGCGAAUACAACAAUUGACUCUCAGUCCGUUCUAAUAUCAGUUUCAAGAGAUUCAACCACAAGGAUCUGGCAAAAUCCAAAUACUUCAUCGAUUGAUUCAACCAUAGUUUUCAAUUCUCCAACAAAAUCAUUUUUAAACUCAACUGCAGUAAUAGAAAGAUCAAAUGGUGAAAAAUUAAUAGCAAGUGGAGGACAAGAUGCUAUGAUAUAUUUAAGUGAAUUUAACUCAAAUAAUUUUGAUCACGAUAGUAAAUAUCAAUUAAUUGGUCAUCAAGGAAAUGUAUGUGCUAUGAAUUAUGAGAAUGGAGAAUUUAUAUCUAGUUCAUGGGAUGGAACAGCAAUUGUAUGGAAUUUAGAUGAAUUUAUACCAAAAUAUAUAUUAAACAAACAUGAAUCAUCAGUAUGGGAUUGUAAACUAGUUGCAAAAGAUAAAUAUUUAACUGCUUCAGCUGAUAAGAUUAUAAAACUAUGGCAUGGUGAUCAUGUUGUACAAGAAUUUAAAGGACAUCUGGAUGUUAUUAGAAAAUUAUUAGUCUUACAUGGAUCAAAUCAAUUUUUAUCUAGUUCAAAUGAUGGAACUAUAAAAUUAUGGGAUUUAAAUACUGGUGCCAAUAUAGCGACUUUAUUUGGUCAUGAUUCAUUUGUUUAUGAUUUAGCCUUAUUGUCAAAUGGUAAUUUAGUAUCUACUGGUGAAGAUAGAACAGUAAGAGUGUGGGAUUUAGCAAAUAAAAAAGUAUUACAAGUUAUUACGUUGCCUUGUAUAUCAGUUUGGUGUGUUACUACAUUACAAAAUGGUCAAGAUUUUGCAGUUGGUGGAUCAGAUAAUUUAAUACGUGUUUUUACACAAGAUUCAGAACGUUUUGCAUCUGAAGAUGAAAUUAAAUCAUUCACUGAAGCAGUACAAUCUUCAUCUAUAUCUGAACAAUCAUUAGAUAAUUUAAAGAAGACUGAUAUCCCAGGUGUGGAAGUCUUACAAAAACCAGGUAAAAAUGAAGGAUCAACAAUAAUGGUAAAAACUCCAGAAGGUACAAUUGAAGCACAUCAAUGGUCAGGUGGUCAAUGGCAUAAAAUAGGUGAUGUUGUUGGAGGAGCUUCAAGAUCAGGUAAAAAGCAAGAAUAUCAAGGUAAAGAAUAUGACUACGUGUUUGAUGUCGAUAUAAAAGAUGGUGAACCUCCAUUAAAAUUACCAUAUAACCUAAAUGAAAAUCCUUACGUUGUUGCUGAAAAAUUUUUAGCAGAUAAUGAAUUACCAAGUUCUUAUACUGAAGAAGUGGUUAAAUUUUUGGAGAAAAACACAGAAGGAGCUAAAUUAGAUGAAGGUACUGCUACUGAAAUUAAUAAUGUUGAACCACAAAGAACUAUUGAUCCAUAUUCUGAUGCUUAUGUAAGAGAGCAUCAAAAGACUAAAGAUUUACUGGUCUUGCCGGAAAAAACAUUCAUUUUAUUCAAGGAAUUCAAAAAAGAUUCUAUUAUGAAUGGAUUAAAGAAAUUAAAUGCAAAUCAACCAAAAGAUAAAUUCGUUGAUGAUGAUAUUCAUCAUAUAGAUGAUUUACUAACAGAUUUAACAUCUCGAGAUGCAAUUGAAAUUAUAUCAGAUUAUGCAUUACAAAUUAUAGCAAAUUGGGAUGUAACUUCAAAAUUAAUUGGAUUUGAUUUAAUAAGAAUAUGUAUUCCUAAAAUAACAGCAGUUGAUUUCUUGCAUGAAAAUUCACCAACAGAAACAAUAAACAAUGAAAUAAUAUCAGGUUUAACAGCAAUUGGACCAUCAAAUUCAGCAUUAUUAAUGAUGGUUUUAAAAGUAUUGAGUAAUUUUAUAAAUAGUGCUGGUUUCAUUCAAGCAUAUAUGGAUCCAGUAGGAACCAAUUCUUCAUUAUAUCAAUAUAAUGAGAUUUUCGAAGAAAUAUUAAAAUUAAUUUUAAAUAAAUGUAAUAUCGUAGAUUCAACAAAUAAAUUAUAUUCAUCAUCAAUGGUAUCAUUAGCUACAUUUUUAUAUAAUUUAUCAGCAGUUCAAUUAAAAACAACUGGGUUAAAUGUUAGAUCGCAAGAAUCUGCUAAACCAAUAUUACUGUUAAUUAAUUCAGUUGGACUGCAAAUUGUUAAUUCGUCUAAUGAAGCUGCUUAUAGAUUAAUUAUUGCAUUUGGAAAUUUUAAAUUUAGUAAAGCUAUUACUAAAGAUAAUGAAACUCCUGAAUGGUUGAUUAGAGCUGGUACUUUAUACAAUGAACCAAGAUUUGAAAAAUUAUUUGACGAUAUUAAAAAUAUUUCAUAG